UGAGAAUAGUUUAAACUGAACAAUUUGGUGGUCUGCUCAGUACAAAACAUACGAAAUUGGGCAGUGGAAAGCGAUGAUGGCUGAAUCAACAACAUCUAACAGGCAAAGCGAUGAUGAUAACGAUGACUACAUGGCUGACCUUUCUAAGUUUCUUCCUUCCGAUGAUGCCAUUAUUCAUCCUUCAAUUCCAUCAAAAAGGAUUUCUGACAAGAAAGAUCCUUCAAUCAACUCUUCCAAGAGCCAAUUGAAAGCUCUUAACUGGCAAGAACGGCGAAAAAUUGAAAGAGAAAGAAAGCAAAUACAAGAGGAUGAACAAACAUUAGCAAAAGUGGAAGCUCCAAUACCACAAUCAAACAUUGGUUUUAAGCUUCUCAAACAGAUGGGUUAUACACCAGGUUCUGCCCUUGGCAAGCAGGGAUCGGGCAGGGCUGAACCAGUCGGAAUUGAAAUUCGAAGGUCACGAGCAGGUAUAGGCCUAGAGGAUCCCCACAAGGAGAAGAAGAAAAGGGAGGAAAUCACGAUCGACAGGAAAAGGAAGAAUGAGCAGGCUCUGAUGGAAGAAUUCGGGUCAAGGCAGAAGUCACGAUGGCAGAGUAGGAGAGUUAUUGUUAAUUUCAACAAGGCAAAGGCUACCCUUGACCAAUUGGAGAAUCGGGAAAUUGUGGAACCAACGAAGAACGAGGAUGAUGCUGAGGGUGAAGAUCAAGAAGAGGAAGAAAUAACAGAAGAGGACUUGCUCGAUGUAUUAAUGAAACUGAGGGAUGAGUUCAAUUACUGCCUCUUCUGUGGAUGCAAAUAUGAAUCAAGUUCUGCACUUUUGGAUAACUGCCCUGGAAUCAAUGAAGAUGACCACUAAAUUUAAAGUCUCUUAUGUGUACGGCAGAAAUUAUCUCGGUUGCUCUUUUUGUCAAGCAAGUACUGUUAGAUGUAAAUGCAUAUUGCGAUGAAGAUGGAUAAGCUCACAUGUGGUAGAUGAUUAAGCCUCCCAACUAGUGUGCAACAAUGUGUCAAUACAAGCGAUUUAUCUAUGCUGAGACUGAAGUCGUCUCUGAUAACAAUUCAGCUCGCUGAUUGCUUGAUCUUUAAGCAGAGGUACAAAAUGCUCUACCCUAUUGCAGGAUAUGGACGAAUUGGUUGAUAUGUAGCAUUUUAGACUGUUGUUCCUAAUCGGUUUAGGGGCGGGUAGGAGACCUGUCCACCCCUCCGAUAGGAAACGAGUUGGGGAUAAAGAGGCAAAAUUUGCCCUGCCUCAUUGUAUCAAUUAUGUCCAAAGGAAAAUAAAUGAAUAAGGUCAAAUACAAAAGAAAACAAUUGAUGGUUGAACACAAACUUUGUGUGUCCCUCUCAAAUCUUAUCCAAUCAUUAUAUCUAAAAAAUACAAAAAACUUGUGCUAUCUCCAGAUACAACUACAGCAAUAUUUGCUACUAUUUAUUUUAUGUUAGUAUUAUCCAAUAAUAACUCUUCAUGAAACUUAUUGGGAA